GUGUGACACGGAAGUGCCUGCAUCGCAGCCUGGUUUAUCCCGAGCACAGCCAGCUAGCUAGCUAGCACAACCCGCCUGGCGUUGGACUCGGGGACGGCUGCGCAUGGCUUUUUGGUCUGGAUAGUGAACCCCCUGCAGUGAGUGGAUAACCCGCUGCAGAUACGCACACAUCAGGGAGAAACCUCGACGCUGCUGCCUCUCCCGGCGUCUCCCUCCUCGAGUCUCCCGUCGAAGAUGUCAGCUUUCUCCGAGGCGGCUUUAGAGAAGAAACUGUGCGAGCUGAGCAACUCGCAGCAAAGUGUGCAGACCCUGUCGCUGUGGCUCAUCCAUCACAGGAAACACUCGAAGACCAUCGUCAAUGUUUGGAUCAGCGAGCUUAAGAAAGCUCAGGUACCACGCAAGCUGACCUUCCUCUACUUGGCCAAUGACGUCAUUCAGAACAGCAAGAAAAAAGGGCCCGAGUUCACACAGGACUUUGCACCGGUCAUCGUCGAUGCAUUCAAACACGUGUCCAGAGAGGGCGAGGACGGCUGUAAGAAACAGUUGGGUCGGGUUCUGUCCAUCUGGCAGGAGAGAGGAGUAUACGAGACCAGCCUGAUCGAUCAACUCUCUCAAGUCUUGUAUGGCGAAAAAAAGGCUAAGAAGAGGUCGUAUGAGCAGAUCCGACCAGACGAUGACGACUUCGCCUCCCAGAGCUCUCCAGCUGAGCCCCCACAGACAGCAGAGUUAAUCCGAGCUCUGCAAGAGCUGGAAAAUGCAGCCUCUGGCGACUCAGUGCUGCGUCAGCGAAUCUCCUCCCUUCCUGCUGAGGUGCAGGACACGUCACUGCUUCACAGGAUCACAGAUAAAGAAUCCGGGGAUCGGCUCUCCCGGCUGGUGGAGGAGGCCUGCAUGCUGCUCGCAGACUACAGCGGUCGCUUGGCAGCAGAGAUAGACGACAGGAGGCAGCUCACCCGCACGCUAACCGUCUUCCUGCAGAGCCAGAAGGAUGGCUUGGUCCAGAACGAGCAGAAACUCGAAGAAUACAAACGCAAACUGACGAGGGUAACCCAGGUCCGCAAGGAGCUGCGUUCGCGUCUGAGCAAUCUUCCAGGACGGAUCUACAACCCCUCGGACUGACUGACGUCCCCCCCCUGACCUUGUACCGGACACUACUCCGACUGAAACGUCUCCACCUGCAUCUCAGAUGUGUGAUCAGUGACGUCGCCACAGCCUCUGUUUUUGAUUUUUGGAAAGAGUAUUUGCGUGUCCCUGUUUGUCGACCUGUGGUCAGUGCACUGUACACAACGACCUAAAAUCCUCAGACACAGGCCUCCCAUGCUUUGGCCCCUGACCAUCAACCUUUUACAGCUUCUUAGUGGUACGGAUGCUGCUGGUGUGAUAUUUUUGUAUUUAUAGCAGAGUGAGAUGAUAAUGCACCAGAGUAUAAAAUCCAAAGUGUUACCAUUCAUUAUUUGGAUUGCUGUCAUAACUUCCUUUUGCUCUUUCUUUGUAGCUCUUUGUUUUAGGUACUUGCAGCAGCUUCUUACAAACUAGGAUGAUUUGUUUUAAUGCAGUGCGAUAUGGCCUCCAAAGAGUAUUGUGUACUUGUGAAAUCAUUAGCAAACCAUAUUCAGAGGCGGAGAUGAAAGCCACGAGCCUCAAAGCAAACAUAUGUAAUUACCAUUUACAUAAAGCCUCUUUGUGAGAGGGCUGUGUAUCAUCUGUGAUUGUAAAUGGCAUGUAAAUAUAAUGGAGUUAUACCUUUACGCGCUCAUGAUUUCUAACAACAUGGUCAUUCAGACAAAGUACUGAUUUGCCUCUAUACAAUGAUAUAUUUGCAGUUGCCCAUUACACCCAACACGAUAGUGAAACAAUGAGAGAAGGUGUCUGUUGUCUUGUUUACCAUCACACACGACUGAUCAUUUUACCCUCGAGUCUGCUGUAUGCUGGGCCGUCACCUCGCGCAGCUUGAGAAGAGCCCCGGUUUCCCAAGUGUGAUGUAAAAGCAGCCGUUUGUUUUUGUGGCUGUGGAGCAAAUAAGUCUAAGAACCAAAAUAAACAGAAAGUGUUCAAAUCCCUUCA